GCGGGGCUGCCAACGGCGGCGGCCAGUUCUGCGCCGCAUCCGGAGGGGCGGCCGCCAUUGUGCUUCGUCGCCGACUUCUCCGCCUGGAGCCCGAGACCGAGCACACCACCUCAGGAAGGAGGCGGCGGUGUGGCUGCGGCGAGCCCGACGCUCCCUGUGGUGUGCCAGCUGGACGAGGGUCAGGGCUGCCUUUUAUUGGACUGAUAUUUUUGAUAAACCUAAAUGCCUGGUGGUGGUUCUGAUAGGAUUUGAUAUGUCCAUGUGUCCCUCCCUGAUUUAAUUUGAAUGGGAAAGUAAUUAUGUACACCUAUAGAGUGACAUGCUGUCUGAGCAACUAGCAUGAGAGAGUCUCACAAAUGUGAAGCAGAUGAAGCUGGAAUCAUACAAGGAUCUAGACUCUGCUACCUUCUGAUGGAGACAGUGACUCGAGGCAGAGUGACUGAGCACGUUUAUUAGCAACAGACCAGCAUUAUUAGAAGAUAGUUGGCAUCUGUCUUCAGUGAUCAUCUUACCCUAAGUUCUGAAGGGGUCUGUUAGGUGAUUUUUUUUCACGAGAUGAUCUCUUGAUAUCAAACCAGGAAACCUUAAGCAUGGAGUCUAAACCUUCCAGGAUUCCAAGAAGAAUUUCUGUUCAACCCUCUGGCCCUUUAAGUGCUAGGAUGGUGUCUGGAAACAGAGGAACUAGUUUAAAUGAUUCCUAUCAUUCUAGAGACUCUUCCUUUAGACUGGAUUCUGAAUAUCAGUCUACAUCAGCAUCAGCAUCUGCAUCACCAUUUCAGUCUACAUGGUAUAGUGAAUCUGAGAUAACUCAGGGAGCACGAUCAAGAUCACAAAACCAGCAACGGGAUCAUGAUUCAAAAAGACCUAAACUUUCUUGUACAAAUUGUACGUCUACCUCAGCUGGGAGAAAUAUUGGAGGUGGUUUAAAUACAGUCUCAGAUUCUUCUUGGAGGCAUAGUCAAGUUCCCAGAUCUUCUUCAAUGGUACUUGGCUCAUUUGGAACAGACUUGAUGAGAGAAAGGAGAGAUUUGGAGAGGAGAACAGAUUCCUCCAUUAGCAACCUUAUGGAUUAUAAUCACCGAAGUGGUGAUUUCACAACUUCAUCAUAUGUUCAAGAAAGAGUUCCUUCUUCAUAUUCACAGGGAGCAAGACCAAAAGAGAAUUCAAUGAGCACUUUACAGUUGAAUUCAUCAUCCACCAAUCACCAAUUGCCUUCUGAACAUCAGACAGUACCGAGUUCUAGGGACUCUAGCAGAAAUUCUUUCAGAUCACAUUUUUCUCCAAGACAAUCAGAAUCUUUUCGAAACAGUUCACAUCCCACAUUUUCAUAUCUUGCAAGUAGAGAUGAAACCCCAGUUCUAAGCAAUUCAGAAAGGCUUGGUUCCUCUAGGAGACCAUUUCAAGAAUCUUCUGAAAAUGAAGGUAGGCGUACUACUAGGAGAUUGCUGUCACGGAUAGCUUCUAGCAUGUCAUCAACUUUUUUUUCACGAAGAUCUAGUCAGGAUUCCUUGAAUACAAGAUCACUGAGUUCUGAAAAUUAUAUUUCUCCAAGAACCUUGACUUCACAGUCUCGGAGUAAUGGAGCAUCAUCUUCUGAAGUCAAUGAUGGCAGGGCAUCUGAAGCUUCUCAGGGAUUUAGAUUUCUUAGGCGAAGAUGGGGUUUGUCAUCUCUUAGCCAAAAUCAUAGCUCUGUACCAGAUGCAGAAAAUUUUCAUCAAGAAUCAGAAGGUAGAAGUACAGGUCCAUGGUUAUCUUCCUCACUUAGAAAUAGAUGCACACCUUUGUUCUCCAGAAGGAGGCGAGAGGGAAGAGAUGAAUCUUCAAGAAUAUCUGUGUCCGAUGUACCGCCUAGAUCUCAUAUUUUUAGAAGAGACUCAAAUGAAGUAGUUCACCUUGAAGCACAGAGUGAUCCCCUUGGGGCUGCUGCCAACAGACCACAAGCAUCUGGAGCAUCAAGCAGUGCUUCUGCAGGUGCCUCCACACCAGAUUUGCCUCCGGGAGGAAGAAGGACAGGAAUAGCAGGGAUUCUUCCUGGCUCCUUGUUCCGGUUCGCAGUCCCACCGGCACUUGGAAGUAAUCUGGCCGACAAUGUCAUGAUCACUGUAGAUAUUAUUCCUUCUGGCUGGAAUGCAGCUGAUGGGAAAAGUGAUAAAACUAAAAGUGCACCUUCAAGAGACCCAGAAAAACUGCAGAAAAUAAAAGAAAGCCUCCUGUUAGAGGACUCUGAAGAAGAAGAAGGAGACUUAUGUAGAAUUUGUCAGAUGGCAGCUGCGUCAUCAUCUAAUUUACUGAUAGAGCCAUGCAAAUGCACAGGGAGUCUACAGUAUGUCCAUCAAGAGUGUAUGAAAAAGUGGUUACAGGCCAAAAUUAACUCUGGUUCUUCAUUAGAAGCUGUAACCACCUGCGAACUCUGUAAAGAGAAGUUGCAACUUAACCUGGAGGAUUUUGAUAUUCAUGAACUACAUAGAGCUCAUGCAAAUGAACAAGCUGAGUACGAGUUUAUCAGCUCUGGUCUCUACUUAGUGGUCUUACUGCACUUGUGUGAACAAAGCUUUUCUGAUAUGAUGGGAAAUACAAUUGAACCAAGCACUCGUGUCCGAUUUAUUAACCUUGCAAGAACUCUUCAGGCACAUAUGGAAGAUCUCGAAACUUCAGAGGAUGAAUCUGAAGAAGAUGGAGACCAUAACAGAGCAUUUGAUAUUGCCUAACUUCAUUUAAGACAAAUGGAUGAUCCGUGAACAUGUUUAUUAAAACUGGCAAUUAAGUAUGAAUCAUUUUGUGGGGAAAUGCCUAUUAGAUAUAUUGACUAUAUAUAAAAUGAAUAUAUAUACAUACAUGUAUAAAUGUAAAUAUAUAUUCAUUCUCAAGUGUUGCUGAAUUGAAUUUCUUCAGCUGGACCUUUUAACACUGGCCAGCAAAUCUCAUGUUUAUAAUACAUAAUCAAAAGCAUUUUUUUCUUUUAGGUGAGUGGGAAAGCAUUACCCUUCCUUAUUUUAAAUAUCUAAGCAAUGCUCAUCAACUUUUUUCUGUGUUACGAUUACUGUAGUCAUAUUUAUGGAAAAAAAAUGUUUGUGUAUUAGUCUCUUGCUAGUGAAAAGUCAGAUAAAAUGUACUUUUGAAAUAAAAUGCCAAUGGCACCUAAUUAGUUUUCCUUUUUAAAUGCCUUAAGUUACAGCCACAUUUUGAUAAUCAUUUACUUCCAGUGUUUAAAAUUUUUUUUUUAAAAAGAACCGGGAGGUUUGAAUAACAUAAUUAUAUUAGGUUUCCAAAUUUAAUUUGAAUUCUAAAUUCACUUAGCAAUAAAACCUAAUUUUUAAGAAAAAAGUAUGUAAAAGAUAUAGAAAUGAUGGAUAACUUUUGUAUUGAUUUGCAAAAAUGCAGAUUAUAUUUGAUAGGCCAUGGUAUGUAGGUAUUCCUUUCAGGAAUAUUACAGCUGUAAAUUAUAUCAGAAUUGCCAGUCAAGUGAUAUUUGGUUAAAUAUAAUUGAAAAUCUCAAGUUAACAGACUAUUUUUUUAAAGCCCACAUUCAAAGUUGAAAACACUGGUUUCAAUGUGUUUUUAGUGUUGUCACUUCUUUAUAGAGAAAUACAAUAGAAAAUAACCUCUUUGGAUCCUGGUCAUUUGUAGCUGUUCCUUGGUAAUUGCGAGCAUUUAUUUGAUGAUUGUUAAUAUUUUUCACAACCUUUGCAAAAACAGAUGAAUGACUUAUUCACCAUGAAUGAGUUUGCACUAUAGUCAUGAGUUGUGUAAAUUUCCCUAACAGUUUCCACUGUCAACACCCUUAGGAUUUACAUUUACACUUUCAGGUGGUUUCAGAUUAGUCCAGUGUUGUGGCAACAACUUUUUCAAAAUCUAAAUAGAAACCAUGUAAUUUCUCAAAUGUGAAUGAGCAGUUUGCCUACACUUAGUUUGUUGGUAUUAAUGUAAAACCUUGGCUUGAAAUAAAGUGAUGCUGAUUGAUUUAUUUUA